AUGGCCACAGCGCUCGUGGCCCCCGAGUUCACUUUUGAAGGGCGAAAGGCCUCCUUCGAGAAGAAGGUCCCGGCCCCGAAGCGACGAGGCUCCGCGGCGACCAAGACGGCCAAGACGCUGACAUGGCCGCACGCCAGGUUCCUCUCCCCCGAAUCGCUCGCCCGCGCCGGCUUCAGCUGGCGCCCGCUCGACGGCAGCCCCGACAACGUGCAGUGCUUCCUGUGCAACAAGUCGCUCGACGGCUGGGAGGAGGGCGACGACCCGCUCGACGAACACGUCAAGCACGCGCCGCAGUGCGGCUGGGCCGUCUGCGCCGCCAUUGAGGCGGGCUAUGCCGGCUUUGUCAGCGAGGAUCCCAACCUGCCGCGCAUGCUCGAGGCGGGCAAGGCGACGUUUGCCGGGCUGUGGCCGCAUGAUGGCAAGAGGGGGUGGAAGUGCAAGACGAAACAGCUUGCUGAGGCUGGCUGGAAGUGGACGCCCAUGGCUGAGUAUGAUGACAUGGCUACGUGUGCGUACUGCGAGCUGGCGCUUGACGGGUGGGAGCAAGGGGAUAAGCCACUAGACGAACACAUGAGCCGGUCGCCCGACUGUCCGUUCUUUGCCCUCCUCGAGGAGCACGCUGACAAGCGCAAGGCCUCCAAGGCGAAGAGCGCGCGAGGCUCCAAGGUUUCGCGCGCCUCGGUCCAGUCGGUCGCGACGACGGUCGAGGAGGUGUCCUCCAUAGCCGACGACAUGCCCGCCGAGUACGACGACAGCAUCAUGACGACUGCCUCCGCGACGAACAAGAAGGGCGGACGGGCAAAGAAGACGACAACGGCUACAACGGCCAAGGCACGAAAGACGAAGACCAAGAAGGAACAAUCAGUAGAAGCACAGGAUGUGGACUCUGGGAUCGAGGAGGACAUGCCGCCACCGCCAGCGAAGCCUGUUCGUGGGCGUAAACGCGCUAGUGACGCGCUCGACGACUCCAUCAUGACGAAUGCUGAAGCUCCGGCACCCAAGAAGCGGGCCACGAAAAUCCGCGCUAGCAACGCUACAGAUGCCUCGGUCGUGGAACCUGCCUCGGUCGAUAUCGAAGUGGACGAUGCGCCGCAGCCCAAGACCAAGGGUCGCAAGACGGCCCGGGGAUCGAACGCCAAGAGCACGAGGAAGGUUUCCAGCGCAUCGGUCAAAUCAACUGGUUCUAUGGCUUCUGCCCAAGCCGCGCCAGGGGCUUUCCCUGACGACGACGAGAUCGACCGUCAGCUGGAGGCCGACCUUGAACGACCCCUCACAGACGAAGAGGACAUGGUGCAAGAUGCCGACACGGAGCAAAACGACACAGGAACGACCCAGCCGGAGACCCAUGCUACAGAGCCAAAUGUGAAGGCGAAGAACGAGUCUACGACUGGCGAGAGCUCCAAGCUUUGGUUCGAUCCCUACCCAAAAGUUGACGACGCAGAUGUCGAGGAGGACUUGCGAAGGCUCGAAGAACAGGUGGCCGCUGAGCAGCAGGCGGCGGUGGAGGAGGAAGACGCCUCGCUUGAGGUGCCUAAGAAGGGCCGCAAGGCGGCAGGCACACGCAAAGUCUCCAAGACCAAAGCCCAGAAGACGAAGGAAGCAAAGGAAGCAAAGGCUGCGGCGGAGGCUGCAGCGGAGGCAGAACUGGCAAAGCAACAAGCACAAAAGCCGUCGAGCCCGGAGCCCGAGGAAGAUCUCGAAGAGCACGACGAGAGCGUCGGAACCGUUGUCACUGGUAACAGUCAGACGCGGUCCAGUGAUGUGCGGCCCUCAAAGCGCUCGAUUGCUUCGCGAUUGUCUCUGGCUGCUGACGAGCCUGAUGAGCUGUCGUAUCAUGAGGCGGGAAGUGCUGCCGAAGAGGCUGUGGACGACGUGCUUGCGGAUGCGGAAGAGGACAUCAUUAUUCCUGAAUUCCCCGACAUACCCGCAGCUCGGCAGUCGCUUGCUUCGCGCCACGAAACACCAGAACCUGUGGCAACAACUGCAAAGCGAGCAUCCUCGUCGCCGGCACCAGCAGAUCAAGAGAAUGAGGCACCUGCACCGACCCCUUCUUCGCCUGCACCCCCUUCAUCGAUUCCCCGGCACCUGCAGCCGCCGUCUACUCCGCGACACCAGGCUUCACCGGCGCAGUCGGCGCGCCAGCCAGCCGUCUCGCCGUCUCCCUCCCCUCAGCCGUCCGACGCCGAAAACCAACCUCCGUCGGCCAGGCCGGCUACUGUCAAGCGCGUCGCCCUCGCGCCUGUGGCCGCCACACCAAUGCGUCACGGAUCACCCUCGAAGCGAAACGUUGUCGCUGGUCUCCGCAGCACGACGCCCUGGACAGCCGUGGACGUCGACAAUAUCUUAUCCUCACCGCAGAAGGGCGGCAACAGCAACGGCGACAAGGAGAAUGGGACCGACCGGUUCCUGGCGCACGGCGCCGAGCUCACGAGCCCAGAGAAGCGCAUGACGGUCGAGGAGUGGAUCUACCACAACGCAGAGAAGGCCGAGGCCAAGCUCAAGCACGAGUGCGAGGUCAUGGUGAGCCGGUUCGAGAGCGAGGGCACACGAGCGAUGGGUGUGCUCGAGGGCAUGAUUGUAGACUGA